GUUUCCACUUGCAACUUUACAAAUAUCAUCAAAUCACAACCCCAAUAACCAGCCCCCCACUCUCAUCUGCCGGCCAUGGUGGAGAUCGAAGAAACCGAAGAAUCAACGGUCACCACAACCAGCAAGCAAGAAGAAUCACAGCCACUGUUAAACAGCUCUUCAGAGUCAAAGCCCCGGCCGAAAUCGGUGCGAACCAAGGUCCCAGAGGUGGAAGUCCACCUCUUCCGGUCCGGUGAGGGUCCGAUUGACACCUUCAAAUCACCCUUAGGUGGGUGGGACCAAGAUCAGCUCGAAGUUCGAGACAUAUUGGAAAAGUAUGGGCUCAAAUCGGUGUACGCUUUUAAUACGCAGUCUGGUAGAGGUGUUCCCAUCCGGUUUAACCCUAAAAACGGUCGAUCUAUUCUUCCCUAUAAAGAUGGUUCCCUAAUUCUCAUUGAUGGAGAGCCUAAGGACUCGUUGAUAAAGCCAAUCACAAGGAUCCUCGUUGGCGUUGCAGCAUUAACCGCACUGAUAAUACUGGUUAUGAAGGAGACACCUGGAUGGGCUAAGAAGUUGAACUUUACCGGUGUUAAUUUCAAUGCCCCGCCGUGGGUCCUAGCUUGCGUGGUUAUUGUCUUCACUCGUUUGAGGAAGAGAACCCGAGAUUUCUUCAUCAAACGUCGUUAGUUUAUAGUUUCCCUUUAAGCCCAUGGUACACAUCACCACCAUCAUAAUCUAAAAACACACAUUUCAUAAGAUGGUUUUUGAUGUUAAUUGUGGUUUCUGCUUGAAAGAAUCUUUGUUUGUGAGUUUUGUUUCACUACGAUUCAGUCGGUAUGUUUUCGUCUUGAUGGAUUUUGCGGCUGGUUCUUUUACCCAGCCUUCGUGUCUAUCAUGAUGGUGCAUGUUUGUUCAUCGGAGACCUAUUUGGGGAUAUCGGGUAUUUUCUGUGUAAAAGGUUCUUUUGGUUAACUGAUGUUGGUUUUGUCUCGAUGAAGAUGAUUGCUGAUCGGUUCAUUUUAGGUA